AUGAGCAAGGGCUGACAGGAAUGGCUGGGGGGAAAGGAGGAAAGAAAAAGAAGAAAAAAAAAAAAACGUAUUAUCCUUGCUCUCAAAGCUAGCUUGGGGAAAUACUACCAAAGUGUGUUGGCUGUGACCUGUUUCAAGCGUUUUGCUGUGUCACUCACAUGAGGGGAUGUAACCUGCUUUUGUCUAGCCUUGUGGAGAGCCAUGACUGUUAAGUUGCAAGUAACGGGACGGGAUGUAGGACAAGAGACUGUACUGAUGAGACCCUUUGAGAGAGCGACUGAAAGCUAGCCACACAAGCCGGGGGGGGUGAAGUCCGUGCUGGGUCUUUGUGGCGUCCUCUUUUGCCUUUUUCCAUCACGUUACACGUUUAUACGCCUAUGGGGAGUUAGUUGGAUUGUUUAAUCUCGAUUAAUGGGAUAAUAAUUCCUUACUUGUGGUUAGUUGACGAAUGUGAUUAACGUUAACUUGUAGUGACCUGGUUGGCCAUGUGCAUGAAAUGUGGCUCUCACAACAUAAAACAAUCCUAUGUGCACCAGUUUUUAUUAUUUAUUUUAACAUGGGGUUGGGGGAGUUUUUUUUUUUAUGUAAUUCUACUUCUGUGUGUCUAAGUUGUGAGAUACAUAUAUAUAUGUAUUUAUUUUUUUACAAAUACAAAGUGCCAGUGUAGGCAACAUCAUGCAAAAUGUAGUAAGUUGCCUACCAAUAAAAUAGAAAAUAGAAAUGGUACAUUUCCUAUGAACGAAAUAAUUUAAAAGUAAAUUCUAGAAGAAUUAUCUCCAUCUGCAUCUUGAUUAAAUGAGUAUUUCUGUUAAUACAGGUGUUACAAGUAGUGUCAUUAUUGUGUGUUUUGGAAUAAUCCAUAAUCAAAUAAAGGUUUUGAAUAACACAAAAAGAGCGUGUGCCUACGUGUACUUCAGUUUAGCCUGUGGAGUGAUGGUCAAGUAUUAACAGUAAAUGUGGUUGCUUUGUUUUGAGUGUCACACUGUUGCUCUUUUGUUUUCAACAGCCUUUCUUCAUUGCGAGCACAUGUUACUGAAGGAGGGGCCUUGAACUAAAGGAGACCAAACCACGCAGCCUGAAAUAACCCAAACCUUCACUGUCUGGAAUGAAUCUUGUCUUCUUAACUGGGUGAAAUGCCUUGACCUUACCCUCGCCGUACCAUGGCAGGUUUAGUCUCCUCUGUGGGUUUGGUGGUGAUGCUACAGGCUCUUAUGCAUGCCCAUGGCCAGCGUGCAGUGUUUCUGGGGAUGACGGUGUUGGUAAUGGUGAUCGCAGCUGACUCAACGGUUGCAGAUGAGUCUCUGUUGGAUUCCACACACCACCCCAUGGGAUUUAUUGGAGAUGUUCCAAGUUCAACAGAGUCAUCACCAUCAGCCUUACCAGCCUCACAUUAUACUGCCUUUGAGAGCCCAGACUCACCUCGUGCCCUGCCAUCCAUUUCUGAGCCAAACUAUGAAGUUAGGACUGCUGACAUCGCACAUUUUCAGUGGGGGCACGUUGCUUCUGAAAACUCCAAAUCCUUCACAGCAAGUGACCUCCUUGCAGAAGAAUCACAUCCUCUUUCCACUCCAUCAUUAAGCCCCUCUGAACCUGUAUUGGGGUCUAGUCCACAAUUUGAGGCACCAGAUAAACUCUCCACAGACUGGAAGUUGGCCUGGACAAACUCUGCCAAGCAAUCUUCCUCUCCCUCUCCCAUGCCUACAAGAUCCCAGCUGCAGCCUCAGUCAAAUGUAUCUAUAACACUGUUAAGCCCCUCUGCUUUUACAAGGUCAACAACACCUCAGCUAGGUCUUAAUUCUGAGCAGAAAGUAACUUUCAGCAAGCAGCAGGAUGGUGCAUCAGAGCAAUCACUGACCUCACCUCCUGGUCAGCCUUUUGAGCUGCCUAAACUAGCUUUUGCUGACUCUCUGGCAGAUGAAUCUUAUAGUGAUAUUCUGGAUGUGAACCAGCUGAACCCCAGCAGUGCCCCCAUGGAGGAGAAGAAACCAGCACAUGACAUAAACAUGCUAUCCAACCCAGAUAAGAUUCUGGCCCCUGGCUACAAUGUGCCUUUCAUCGCCCCCCACCAUACAUCACCUUCAUCUGAACCCACAGAGAUCUCUCCAGAGGACUUCUACCCCACCAACACCAUGGAAUUGGACUGGGGGUCUGGGGACUACUUGGAGACAAUGUCAUUCUUAAAUGCGGAAGGAGAGGACUACUCUCUGGUCACCAAGUUACCCUCUGACUCGUAUGAUCUGGAGGACUAUACAGAAAGCUAUGACACAUCCUUCCCUUCCAGAGUGGGUAUAUCCCCUUCGUCGUUGCAUCCUCUUCAUGUCUCACCUUCUACCAGCCUUAUGACAGCAUACAACACCAUCGUUCCACUAAAAUCCAUUUAUCCAUCCCCUAUUUCCUCUACAAUUCAUUAUACACUGGAACCUACUCCUACAUCUAACAGUGAUAUACCUGACGCAUCAGACAUAGAUUGGCCCGAUACUUUCACAAUUCAACCGACAGAUGUCCUCUUACCUGACAUGAACAGCUUGGAGUAUUACACAACUCAGUUGACAAAGGAGAACAACAAUGAUUCAGACACUGGAGCUGAACACAGAGGGAAUGUUACUGUGGUGUCCAUCAGUGCUACAGACAUCACACCCACCAGCAGCUUUACCAAUGAUACCAAAUCGACUGAGGACGAGUCCUCUAGUGAUCUGUCAGGAUUUGAGCCUAAUGACGAAUCAACUUUAGUAGUAACCACAGAGGAGAGUCCUCAGCUAGUAAAUGCUUCUGAGCCUUUUCUGGAUCCUUCCAUAGUCCCAACCCACUUCUUUGAUCCCUCUUCUUCCACAUGGGGUAGUCAGGUGUCCACCACAGAUUGGUCUACACCUACACUAACUGUUGGCUUGGACAGCAUUGCAUUGACAGAAGCUAUGCCAUCCAGUGCCACGCCUUUGCUGCCAGAUGAUGCAACAUCUUCCUUCUCUCUGACAGACGUCCAUUGGUUUGUUACAGAGUCAUUCCCACAAAGUACCAUACAUACCACUCCUGUCUUAACUGCAACUAUAGCCUUCUCCGCAGUUCCCACUGAGCCUGCUGCCAACACAACUGCUGAAACAACAGAAGUAACUCCCCAAGACUCUACUUUUACUACUGAACAAACUCUUAAUAUCACUUCAGUUUCAUCUGAACCCACAUCUAAUGUUACCUUGGUCCUCCCAGACGUGUUGGGUGAUCAGGGGGUGACUGAAGAUGCAGUUGACAUCCCAGCUACAAUGACCUUGAUCCCAACUAACAGUGAAGCUAAUACAGACUCUGCUGUACCCACAACAACAACUGCCACCACUACUUCUCAUCAAACUGCAGCUAGAACUACUACCACCUCUGAAGCCUCUACUAGUGUCAACAUCAUCUCGACCACCAGUAGAAAAACCACAACCACAGCGACAACAUCAACAUCAAGGCAGUACCUAUGCAACCAUGACAAGCCUGCUUAUUUAGUAAAAAUUGGGUUUCCUUCGGGGGCAACUGUUGGAUAUGCGAAAUCUCAAGUGAGAGACAUACUGAAAGGGGAAUUCAACAAAUCUGUGGAACUACAGGUUGUGGACCCCCCUCCAAAGUUUGUGUUUCGGGUGGUGUCAGGGCCAGUUGUGUACACAGCCAUAUCUGUCAUCAGUGCUUUGCGAAGGUCUGGUCGUCGCUUCCUGUCUGUGUCUCCCAGCUGGACAACACCAGACCGUAAAUAUCAAAUCCACACAGUGCUGCAGUUUGUUCCCAGUCACAUUGAUGUGCGGUUCUGCAACUUCAGUGAGAGCAUAGAGAAAGGUUUGACCAUGGCCUUUGCAGAAGUGCGUCGGCGCUCAAAGGAGUCAACCAACUUCACAGUACAAAUUAUAAACAUCACCAUGGCUGCUCCUAAAUAUCAGGAACAACGGCUAGUGAGGCAGCCGGUGGACAUCACCUUCACUGUGCGUGUUUCAAGGGGUUAUCUGAUGGGGUCAGAGGUCAGCAAUGCUCUGAUGACGCUCACAAUGGUGGAAUUCAGCUAUUACAUGGGCUUUCCUGUUCUGCAGAUUGCUGAGCCUUUCCAUUAUCCAGAGUUGAACACCAGCCAGGUGCUUCGCUCCUCCUGGGUUAGAACAGUGCUCCUGGGUGUGCUGGACCAGAAAGUGAGUGAGAGGACCUUCCACGCCAACAUGGAGCGCCGGGUGGCCAUGCUACUUGGGGAAGCAAUGGGAUUAGUCAGACGUGUUAAGAGAGCCACCACUAUAGGCAACAACAGUGUUCAGGUUGUAAGUGCGAGCCGGCUGGUGGGUGUGGACCAUCCCUUGGAAGUAGUGUAUUUCGUGGAAGGUCCCAGUGGCCAGAGGAUGCCUGCAGUUGACACAGCCAACCUACUCAACAGCCUGGAUGUUCAAAGGGCUGCUAUUGUCUUGGGAUACCGUGUCCAGGGCAUUUUGGCACAGCCCGUAGAGAAGGUGGCGUCCUCACCGUCUGACGCUGAGAACACCAACAUGUGGAUCGUCAUUGGGGUGGUGAUUCCCCUCCUCGUGGUCAUUGUCAUCAUUUCCAUCCUUUACUGGAAACUGUGUCGCACAGACAAGCUGGAGUUCCAGCCAGACGCCAUGACCUCCAUCCAGCAGAGACAGAAGUUGCAGGCUCCCAGUGUGAAAGGCUUUGACUUUGCCAAGCUGCACCUUGGCCAGCAGAGUAAGGAUGAUGUCAUGGUAAUUCAGGAGCCUGUCCCGCCAGGGCCUGGCCCUGGACCCCUGCCCAUGUCCAUUAAAGAUGGCCUCAGUCCAUCUGAGAAUGGGGAGAUCCCCACUCCAAUGUCCAAAAACUCGGCCUCCUCCACCAAGGCGUCCCGUAGUGGGCGAAGGCGAGAAAGGAUCUCGCCGUCAGACGGUGACUCGGUGGUAAGUGACCGUUCCAGUGAGCGGGAAUCAACUGAGGAGAACCGGAGAGCCUACGCCACGCCCAGCGACAGCAAGCAGGCCCGUAAGGUCCCCAUCAAUGUUUUAAACGGCAAGAAUAGAAUUGGUCCCCCUCCUAUGAAUGGUACAAACGAGCAGCUGUCCUCAGCCUCCAUCUUUGAACAUGUUGAUCGGAUGUCUCGUGCCACAGAUGCAAGUAGGAGACUCCCCAACAAAGUCCAGCUUAUCGCCAUGCAGCCCAUGCCUGUCCCACCACUGCACAGCCCACCCAUCAACGGCAAACUGUCUAACAGCAACCAAAUUAACAAAGAGAUCCAGGUAGCAUUGAGACACAAGUCUGAAAUUGAGCACCAUCGUAACAAGAUCCGUCUGCGUGCCAAGAGGAAGGGCCACUACGACUUCCCUGCCAUGGAUGACACAACGAGUGGCCUCACAGAUGCAAAGGACCAGGAUCGCAUCUACCAGAAAGCACAGAUGCAGAUCGAUAAGAUCCUGGACCCAGAUGCACAGAUGGCCUCCAUCUUCAUGGGAACCAAGAAGAGUGGUCGAGGGAGGCGCUCUCCCAAACAGAGGAUGAAGGAGCAGCUGAGUGGAGGCAUGAUGGAGGCAGACAAAGACCACCUCAUCACUGAAGACAAUGAUGCUGCUUACAGAAAGUGUCCAGGAGUCAACAAUGUGGCCUACAUAUCCGACCCUGACCAAGGCCCAGGAUCCCCUCACAGGAGCCCCUCCCCCACAGAUGACGUCUUCCUUGGUCCCGCUUCCUCUCCUCCAGGUCACGCCCCUCCCCCACCACCCUACAUGCCCCCGCAGCCCUCCAUUGAGGAGGCACGGCAGCAGAUGCACUCACUGCUGGAUGAUGCCUUCGCCCUAGUGUCGCCCACCUCUCAGGGCAGCACAGCAGGGAUCACUCUCCCAGGGGUCAACACCAACCCCCCUGGCUCCAGCCCUCCCGGCCGUGGCCCCAGACCCUGGGGUCCCUCCUACCCAGCUCUUGGCCCUUUCCCUGGAAGGUUCACUGAUCUGGGCAUGUCCCCCCCUCCUGUCCAAGGCCUGAUACCAAGGCAGGGCCUUGGCUCGAGCUACCUGCCACCAGGAGAGACAGCAGGACAGUGUGAGCAGCUUCAGCCAGACAGCCUGUACUCCAGCAGGGGCCUCUACGCUGAUGAGAUCCCCUCAUCUGCCAGACCACGACCAGUAGGGGGAACUACAGGUGCCCAGCUCCAUCAUCUUACGCAGGUGGGAUUGUCCAGCCGGAUGAAUGGUUACCCAGCGGGGGUCAGGGCUGCUCCAGGGCACAACGGAGGCAUUGGCUGGAACCACUACCAUGACGACAAUUUCUCCAGGACAGAGCCUGAAAAAGAUGCAUUCCUGGAUUGUCCUGACUACUCGCCCUCCUCUAUCUUCCAGACGCCGAGAAGUGGCAACAGGGAGCCCUCAGCACCCCCUGUCCACCUAGACACGGGGGUGGGUUAUCUGUCAGCCCCACCGCCCCUGGAUACAUCUCCUCCUACCCACUCCUCUGCCUCCCUGAUCAAGGCCAUCAGGGAGGAGCUGUUGCGGCUCUCCCAGAAACAGGCAGCUGUGCCCAGCUACCACAGCUGAAGCCCCUUCCUCCGGUCUGUAGCUCUAACCAGUCAUGCCACUGACCCUGCCUGCCUGCUUUGCCUAAUCUGACAAUACUUCCCAUGGAAGUCACUGAGGGUGUACAGCAGAGAGAUAGUCCUGCUAAACUGAAGGGAAGAGAUGGCUAAUAAAGAUUUCUACCUGAAGAGGCUGCCCUCAUGAAAAACUGAACGACAGGAUUGUUGAUACAGCUCCUAGACUAUUCAGAGUACAGAAUCAGAUCAACUGCAGUAUGUCGAAUCAGAGACAGCGUAAUGAAGUGAGGAACAAUAUGAACAGUGUUUGUUGGACCUUUUAAAAUGAGAGGACGUGACGUGUUUGGACAGCCCAUGUGUCUGUCCUGCACAUUGUGGAUCAGGGAAGGAUCAUGCCAGGUUCUGGCCUUUGUGGAUCCACAUUCUGGACUUUGCUGCAUUUAUUUGGACUCAGUAUUCUGUGUCAUGGUUUCAUUCUCAUGCUGCCUUCACUAAACAAAGAGUGUAUAAUACCCCCUAAGACACGUGUCAUUUAAAGAAAUGUCUUUUUACAUUACUUAAACUAGCAUACAGGCGUUGCUUUCCAGUGCAGGCCCUUAACUUCUUUAUCACCAUCAGGUGCUACUUCCUGUUUUCUGCCACGAUGAGCCAUGCUAUGCCUUGACACUGUGAUGUAAUUGACCCGACCCAAUCUACUGUACGAGCCUACAGUGAGGUCAUAGUUCACAGCCAGCGAGCCAGUUCAGACAGUAGGCACAAAGGGGCAUCCAUAGAGACUAAUAACACUUCUGAACACUACCUAUAAUUCUUUCCGUACUUAUUUGCAGUAGCACAGUUAGUCUGAGUUGAUAUUUUUUGACCUCUUGACUUUGUUUUUUGAGGACAACUUGCAUUCAUGUCCUGUGUUUCUUUUUAUGUUUAGUAGCUAACAGAUGGCUAGACAAACAGGAAAAAAAUGGCCUUGAAAUCACAACAAUCUUAAAACAUGACUUCAGAGGCAGGUGUGAGAGAUACAGGCACAAAUGUGUUACAAAUAAUGAAUGAAGAAUUAGAGUAUGUACUUGACAGUUAGGGUGUAUUGUAUGUACUCAGUAUUUGGUUGUAAUUUGAUGCACUGUAUGCAGACUACUUGGUACAGCUCAGGUCAUUCAAAAAGAGAUUCCUUUGCGGACAAAUCAGUGUUAAAACAGUUUGAUUUUACGGAUGUAUGAGAACUGUUGAUGAGGGAAAGUCACAGAGACCAGUGAUCUGUUUUAACAUUAACCUGUAUUGACUAUGUAUUGAACAACCAUCUCUGUUUCAUGCAGUAUUCAAAGUUUGCUUUGCCUUUUUGUUAGCACACGGAAGGAAAAAAAAAGAACGUUUACUGUAUUUGUUGUCAUUCAUGGUUUAUUUCAACCAGUCAUGUUUAUGUGCUGUUUAAAUUUCUUUUCAUUUAAAUUGCCUCAUGUUAUUUUGUUCAUCAUAAAUGUCUCUUAGUCAUCAUACUGGUUGGAUUCUUCCUUUUUUUUUUUUUACAUGACCCUCCCUCGACAUGUUGUGAUGUAUUGGGGCCUGAAGUGGUAUUUUAUUUAAAUGAAAUAAAAGAGAAAUUAUGGAUUUUAAAAGCAGGGCUUGAAAUGAUGUUUCAGAGUGUGUACCAGUAUUACGGUGUGAUCUUCCCUACAAAGGCGCCAGUGUAUGGCAGUGAGUUGAAACUACAGAUGUUACCAGGGUGUGCUAACCAUCCUUCUUUGUUUGCAAUGUGAUGUGCCUUUUGGACUCACCUGAACAGAUUGAGUACACGGGACGAUAGAAAUCCUCUGUGUGUCCUAUUUUACUUAUCAUUCAUUCUGUCACAUAGUGUCCAAGGUUGUGAUCGCCAGCCUAAAUGACAUAAAUAUGACAUAAUGGCUGUUGAAUUUCACCCAGGUAAUGGUAAUCAAACAUCUUCAUUGUAUGGAAUUUUCAUUGGGUUUUUUAUUUAUUUAACCUUUAUUCAACCAGAGGUACGUUGAGAUUAAGAUCUCUUUAUCGAGGGAGACGGUUAGUUUUCCAUUUCACUUCAUAUGUUCAUGUGCUGUGUUACCAAUCUCACACUGUAUGCCUCCAUCUGCUGGUUCUGUACCGGAACAACAGCCCAUCAACUUGUGUUCCUACUCAGUUCUUUUUUUAUUAUUAUUAUGUUUUUGUGUUGUUGUUGUUUUGUUCAUCUAUUUCUUGUAUUUUGUGAGAAUUAUCUGUUGGCUGGCCCAACUUUAUGUUUCAUUGAUGUUGCAUGUUUAAUUAUUGUAUUUCUUUUGUUUGUUUUUGCGCAUGCUGUUUCCAAAAUUCUUGAAAUACAAAAAAGAAAUUGUCA